AUGGGCCCUGCUGGCUGUGUCUUCCUGCUGUCCCUUUUGCUGGCCAUAACAGUGUGUGGACAACCUGCAUACUCAGGCCGGGUAGUGGGAGGCCAGGAUGCUCCCGCGGGGCGCUGGCCUUGGCAGGCCGGCCUGUACUUUGGCCUGACUCAGGUCUGCGGAGCUUGCCUCAUCAGCGACAGGUGGAUCCUGACGGCAGCACACUGCAUCCAAACGACCUGGAUUCCUUGGUUAUAUACUGUGUCACUGGGAUCACUUAAAGCAACCUAUGGCACUGUGAACCAUCAUGUAUCCCAAAUCAUUUUCCAUCCCAAAUCCCAAGACAUAGCUGCAGACAUCGCCUUAUUGAAGCUGGUUGCUAGAGUUAACUUCACCUCUUCCAUCCUGCCCAUCUGCCUGCCCAAUACCACAAAGCAGCUGAAUAUCCCUGGCUCUUGCUGGGUGACUGGAUGGGGAAAAGUUAAGGGGGAUGAAGGUAUUGAUUACAGUUCCACCCUCCAGGAAGCAGAAGUACCCAUCAUCAACCACCGAGCUUGUGAAUAUAUGUACAACCCAGUCGGCUUCAUGUUGCCAGAAUUAGACCCAGUGGUCAAGAAAGACAUGAUUUGUGCUGGUGAUAUUCACAAUAAGAAGGAUUCCUGCAAGGGUGAUUCUGGAGGGCCUCUGUCAUGUCAUAUUGAUGGUGUAUGGACCCUGAUAGGACUGGUAAGCUGGGGAUUAGGAUGUGGUGAAUCUCUUCCUGGAGUCUACACCAACGUGACCUACUAUCAAAAAUGGAUUAAAGCUGUUAUUUCAAGAGCUGAUGUUUGGGCCAACAAUCUGGACUUAUCUGACUUCCUGUUCCCUAUUUUACUGUUCUCUCUGGCUCUUUUGGGACCCUCCUGGGCCUCUGGGCCAACAUCUUACCAGGAGAGUGGGCAGGCAGCUGAAGCCAUUAGCCAAGUACAGGGCUGGGGAGGGAAUGCAUGGAGAAUAAACCCCAGGGGCUGAGAACUCACAGGAGAGUCCCUGGAAACUCUGAAUAACUUCAUUAAAAUAAUUAGAAAUAAUUCUGGGUUCUUGAUUCUGUAA